AUGAGCGACAGUCCUUGGUCGGCCGAUAGUGAUCUGGAAAGGACCGAAACGGGUCUAAUCCACCAAGAGGCCUUCUACGCGCUUCGGCGUUAAUUGUCGCGUUUCACCUGUCACCGGUGAGCUGCUCCCUAUCGUUUCGGGAUCUCGCCACGCGUCUGCUGCACCUUUUCUUCACGCCAUUUUGUAGAUCAUCAUCUCGGAUAGUUAGAAAUAUGAACCGACCUCAGGAAGGAGGAGUCAUUUUUUGGGUGGGUCCUUCUGCAAAGUUAAAGGCUUGAAUUUAUCAAAAGAAUUUGACUAUUGAAGGAUUCAUUGAAAAAAAAUUGUACGAAACCAUCUUCAAAUUGCAAUUUUUCAACCUGUGAAAAAGUCUCAAAGUUUUAUUUGGCUUCAAAUGAACUUUUAUAAAUAAAAGGAAGCAUGGAAACUUUUUCUGCUCAAAAAAUCGACAAAAAAAAACAGUUUCAAAAGCUUCUUAAAAAAAUUUUUUUCAUUUUUUCAAUUUCUUACUGAUUUUUCAGAGUCAAGGCUAAGGCAUUUCCAUAAUUUUCAUAUUUUUCCCAUCCUAAUCGUGUAGUAUAUAUGAAAACAUAUGUUCAGAAUCAAAGACACCGCCAGGUUUCCCAAAUUUGUUGUACAUCAGCACCUCGUCUCGGCCGCCUUUUUACGGCUGGUUGCUGCCACCUCGUCAAAAAAAGGAGUUUCAAUGGACUCCCACGGAACAGUUGAAGACAGUGUGAACCGACUAUGGCUGCACAAUGCGCGGGCAAUUAGACAUGAUAUUGAGCCUUUCUAGUGGCCGCACUCAAUAGCGUGACAAACUUGGCGGCGCCAUUGUUGCGCAGCGGGAUCCUUUACGAAAAACUUCCAGCUGUGAACUUUCGGGUUCAGAACCUCAAACAGUUUUUGUGUCAAUAACUUCAUGGGGUCUGCUUUUUUUUAAUUUCCGACUCAUUUUUUGCGUUAAUGUAAUGAACUUUCUUUUUAUCGAAUUUUUGUGACUUUUCGAGCCAUUCUUAUUUUACUAGAUUCAAGGUUUCAACAUAAUGGGAAGCUAGCUAAUGGGAGUUUUUUUUUCAGGCGAGUAAACUGAAAUCAUAAAUUGCCAAUUUUGAUGAGAAUUCUUCAGAAAAUCUUCAAACAGGAGGAAAGAUCCGAAAAAAUUCUAAAAGUAGCAUUUUUACAUAAAAAUCCACUGAAAAACUACACAAAAGAAACUUUUUCCAUGAUUUUCUUUUUUUCGUUCGAUGAAGAAAAUUUGAUCUGAGUUCAUCUUUUUUAAUUUUUCUUAGUAAAACUUUACACAGUUUUUAGAAAAUUCAUCUGCAUUUUUAUGAAAAAGUCAAAAUUUAUCCAAUUUUCCACAAAUCACUCGUCCUUUUCUGGGCAUCUGCGAACUCUCGGCGAGAGUUAGUGCGCAACGAUAGCUUUUAUGUAACAUCCGGCAGUCGUCCAUGUAAUGUUUGCUUCCGUUUCCGCGUCGUCGUUUGACCUGCGCUCUUCUGCAUGAUUUUAGUUCGAAGUUAUUUUGUCCAAUCAAAAAUAUCGCUGAAAACUUAUCAGCACUUCUGCCGUUUUAAAAAAAUUUUUUUGAAAUCCAGUCUUAUUUAAAAAAACUGACCCUUUGAGGUGAGAUAUUUGAAUAUAGUCAUCAGAUUUUUGUGAAUAUUCCUUUCAGAAAACAAGCUUAAACUUCCGUAAUUAUAAACCAAUGAACUGAAUUGUGAUGAGAAUCCAUCGAAAAAUUCAAAAAUAUUUCCGUCCAUCAGCAAAAAUCCCAGCAGAAAACUCCCGUGAAUGAAAUAUAGUUCUUUCAAUUAUCAAUAGCGCACCUUUCUGAACUUCACAGCCUUUCAAAAAAAAAUUUUCACAUAAGGUGAAACCUUAAAAAAAAUGAAACUGUAAACUAAACCAAAAUUUUUUCAAAUUUUUUCUCUCGGUCCAUUAUUUUGAUUGGAAUAUACAAGAUGUCAAUCUUUGAAUUGUCCGAAAAAAAAACUUUAUAAGCAGCUUCUGAGGCGUAGCUUACAUACGAAGCAUGUGAAAAAAAAACUAAUCCCGGAGAAAAGUUCAUUGAACACGCAAGUCCGUCUUAUAGUCUGUUGCUCAGAUAAUCAUCUUGUGAUUUGUAAAAGGGGCGUGUUUGAUAGAUAUAGCUUUUUUUUGAGAUUUAUUCAAGUGUUAUUCACUCACGAUCGUUAGAACGAUGAUAAAAAGAUUCUUGUCUUUUUUAAGGAGAAAUCGCUCCACGCAGCUGCAAUCACGUGGCGUACAAUGAUUGCGACGGAAAGAGAGGCGCGGCGACGUUUGAUAUGAACGCGAGUACGGUAUUAGCCAUGCAACGCGGCUGA